CUUAAAAUUACCAUCUCUUUCCUUUUUUUUUCUCUCUCUCUCUCUUUUGGAAUAGAACUCUUUUUUCUGUAUCAUCAUGACUCAUUUAAUAAAAAAGCAAGAAGAACAAGAUAUGAAUAAAAUCAAGCAAUUACUUCGUUUACCUGAUAAUAAACGAUGUUUCGAUUGUGCAGCCACAAGUCCUUUCUUUGUAGAUAUGACUAUUCAAACUUUUAUCUGUGCAAGAUGUUCUGGACUUGUACGUGAAGUAGGUCAUAGAGUGAAAUCUAUCUCUACAAGCAAAUUCUCUGGUCCUGAAACAACAAGUCUUGAAAUGGGUGGUAAUACAAUGGCAAAACGUAUUUGGUUACAUGGUUUUCAUAGUGAAUUAGAAUGGAUAGAAUCUGAUUAUGACGUACGACUCUUUAUGCGACAAAAGUAUUAUGAACAAAGAUGGUUAGAUAGAGCUCUUUGGAAAGAACAUGGUGAAAAGAUCAUUCGUACUAUCAAUGAACUUUAUACAGAGGAUGGUCUUCGUCGUCAAGAUUUGUCUUCAACACGUCGUUUAUCAGUUAAAACUUCACCUACUUCAAUCAAUUUUAUACUUCCGCCACCACCCACGUCUCCAAACUCUGUCAUCAAACAACAACAUUCCAAUUUGCUUAACAACCCAAAUGAUGAUCAUCUUCCUCUUGGUUUAACCACGGUUGCAAACAAUCUUUCUCAAAAACAUAGCAUCGAUCUUUUGGCUGAUAAUAAUAACAAUCCAUGGAUGAACACUCCUGUAUCUCCCUCUACCACAAAUACAACAACAACAACAAUGACACAACAGACGAGUACAUUGGAUGAUAUUUGGUCUACAAAGGUAAAGAAGGAAAAAAAAAAAAAGAUAGAUUCAAAAUCCUUACUUUUUUUUUUUCAUCUUUUCACUUAUAGUCUGUUGAAACUCGACAAGCUCCAUUUCAACCAUUGGCUCCUCCACCACCUUCCUCCAUGAAAAUACCUUCACCCACGAAGAUAUCUACCCAUCCAACUUUGACUUCUCAUACAAGCCCUACUUCCCCUACUCCACAACCUUUAGAUCCUUUUGCUGCACUUCGUGAUCUUUCUUUUUGAAAAAUAGUACCCCACUUUUUUAUUAUACCUUUUGACUCUGGAGUCGAUGAUGAUGAAUAAAAUAUCUUCAUAAAAAUAUCAAUAAUAG